AUGCCCAAACUUGGGGGCAGUGGAGGGGUGCCACCUGGGAGUCGAGACAGCAGCGGGAUGUGUCGAAGCGGUAGCAUCAGCAGUGGAAAUGGCGGGUCUGGCAAGAUAAUGUCCCUGUCAUCCAUGAGUGAGAGUGUGCACAGCGGCCUGAGCUGUUUCUUGUCAGAGCAAGCUCUGGAACAGGAAGAGAAGCAGCAGCGCAAUAGCCAGCUCGCAGAGUUUCAGCGCCUGAGAGAAGUCCGUGCUGCCGCUCAGCUCAAAAAUUUGGAGGAUUUCCUCAGGAUGAACCAUGUUUCACUCAGGGAUACCAUGUCUUAUGCCACUGGCAUGAUUUAUAGAAAUCUGGGCAAAUCAGGCCUGCGGGUGUCCUGUCUUGGAUUAGGCACGUGGGUUACCUUUGGAGGACAGAUAACGGAUGAGGUGGCAGAAGAACUGAUGACUCUUGCAUAUGAGAAUGGAAUCAAUCUGUUCGAUACAGCUGAAGUGUAUAAUGCUGGAAAGGCUGAAGUUGUCUUGGGAAGUAUCAUAAAGAAGAAAGGUUGGAGGCGUUCCAGUUUAGUCAUCACCACCAAAAUCUUCUGGGGCGGAAAAGCAGAAAUGGAAAGGGGAUUGUCUAGAAAACAUAUCAUUGAGGGUCUAAGGGCAUCACUAGAGAGACUUCAACUGGAGUACAUAGAUGUGGUUUUCGCAAAUCGUCCAGAUCCUAACACACCUAUAGAAGAAACGGUGAGGGCAAUGACCCAUGUGAUCAACCAGGGGAUGGCCAUGUAUUGGGGGACAUCACGAUGGACCUCCAUGGAGAUCAUGGAGGCAUACUCGGUAGCUCGACAGUUCAACCAGAUCCCACCCAUCUGUGAACAGGCAGAGUACCACAUGUUCCAGAGGGAGAAGGUUGAAGUGCAACUCCCUGACCUCUUCCACAAGAUAGGCAUUGGAGCUAUGACAUGGUCUCCACUCGCCUGUGGGAUCAUCUCGGGGAAGUAUAACAGUGGGAUUCCCUUCUGUUCACGCGCUGCUCUUAAGGGUUAUCAGUGGAUGAAGGACAAGAUCCUGAGUGAGGAGGGCCACCGUCAGCAAAUGAAGCUCAAAGAAUUGCAGGCAGUGGCUGAGAGACUAGGCUGCACUCUGACCCAACUGGCAAUUGCAUGGUGCCUGAGGAAUGAGGGGGUGAAUGCUGUCCUGCUUGGAGCUUCCAGAACUGAGCAGCUGAUGGAGAAUGUCCGAGCAAUACAGGUUCUUCCAAAGUUAUCACUGUCCAUUCUAUCUGAGGUGGAAAAUCUCUUGGGGAACAAGCCCUGCAGUAAAAAGGCCUCAGACUACAGAUCCUAG